UUUAAUAUUCAGGUCACAUGACGAUGGCAGCAGGAGCAGCACCAGCAUCCCCUCUCCGCUGAAAUAGCCACUGGAGAAGGAGGGGAAGGAGAGGUGGGGAGAAGAGGAUACAGGGAAGAAAGAGGGAGGUAAAAGCGGCGCCUCGUAGCCCACCGUGCCGUGCCAGCGUCAGGCUAGGAAAGUAAGGGGAAACCCACCCCCUUGGGCGAGGAUUCGGAGACAAAGGAAGCUUCAUGUUCAAAGGACCAGUGGAGAACAAAAACGAAGCAGCCAUGUCUGAGCUGGUCCCAGAGCCACGACAAAAACCAGUUGUACCAAUGAAACCCAUGGGCAUUAACGCCAACUUGCUGGGCUACAUCGGUAUAGACACCAUCAUUGAGCAGAUGCGUAAGAAAACAAUGAAGACAGGUUUUGACUUCAACAUCAUGGUUGUAGGUCAGAGUGGACUGGGAAAAUCUACAUUGGUGAACACCCUCUUCAAAUCCCAGGUGAGCCGCAAAUCUUCAGGAUGGAACCGGGAGGAGAAGAUCCCCAAGACAGUGGAGAUCAAAGCCAUUGGGCAUGUCAUUGAAGAAGGCGGUGUCAAAAUGAAGCUGACAGUGAUUGACACACCAGGAUUUGGGGACCAGAUCAACAACGAGAACUGCUGGGAGCCUAUUGAGAAAUACAUCAAUGAGCAAUAUGAAAAAUUUCUGAAAGAGGAGGUGAAUAUUGCAAGGAAGAAACGAAUUCCAGACACGCGAGUGCACUGCUGCCUCUACUUCAUCUCCCCCACAGGCCACUCCCUGCGGCCUUUGGACCUGGAGUUUAUGAAACAUCUCAGCAAAGUAGUGAACAUCAUCCCAGUUAUUGCCAAGGCUGACACCAUGACCUUGGAGGAAAAGACUGAGUUCAAACAAAGAGUACGCAAAGAGCUAGAAGUAAAUGGGAUCGAGUUUUACCCCCAGAAAGAGUUUGAUGAGGACUUGGAGGAUAAAACAGAGAACGACAAAAUCAGGCAGGAAAGCAUGCCCUUUGCAGUAGUGGGCAGCGACAAGGAAUACCAAGUGAAUGGCAAAAGAGUCCUGGGCAGGAAAACACCUUGGGGAAUCAUUGAAGUGGAAAACCUGACUCACUGUGAAUUUGCCCUACUUCGAGAUUUUGUCAUCAGGACCCACCUUCAGGACCUGAAAGAAGUGACCCACAACAUCCACUAUGAGACCUACAGGGCCAAGCGGCUGAAUGACAACGGAGGGCUGCCCCCCAUGACUGUCGAGACAGAGGAAAACCAUGAAAGUAACCUGUGAAUGACACACACACGCAUCCCCACUGUCACUCAGUGUCUCUGGAUAUGACAACCCACCCCUGCUACCCUUGAGUCUACCAUGGACCCAUCUUGAAACAUGUGGUGCAUCCUCCAUGUGUGUGAGAGGAUGCGAGUGUGAGUGUGUGUGCGUGCCUACCUAUGUGCCAGAGAGUGACCCAAGGUGAGGUCUCCCUGUCCUCCCCAGAGUGUCCUCAUCCUCAGUUUGUUUUUUGCAUAGCGGACUGUCCGUCAUGUUCCUUUCUCUCGUUUCUGUGUCUCAGCUCUCUGUCUUGUCUGGGGGGAAUAGGGAUGGGGGGGAAGGAUUUCUAGGAGCAGGAGAGGUUUGGAGGUGGGAGGUGGUGGGUCAUGCUGUGGUCCUGUUUUAAUCACUUGGAGACAUGGCAAGGAGAGACUCCAGGAGAGAUGGUGGAGCCAGUGCUCGCAGUGUCUUCAAGUGAGGGCACCAGAGAUUUCUCUUGGCUCAGUGCAUGGGAAGGCAGCUGGUUGGGCUGAGGGCAUGGUAGCCCAGCUUUUUAAGCCCAUUUCUUGCUGUGGCUUCCCAAGGGGAAAUGGCAGCUUGGAAGUGGAUGAGAGAAGUGACAGACUGACACAUUUUGUGGUUCAGAGGAAGUGACCAGUGGGAGGAGACAGAAUUAGUUCUUGGGCUGUAGCAUCCAUUGAGAAGCAUCAAAAUGCUUGAGGAAAAUAGCUGUAUUUGAAAAAAAAAAAAAAGAGAAAAGCAAAACCCAGAGAAAAAGAACAUGUUUCUGCUGCAGAGGCUGCAUUUGCCCUGCUCAGUGCUAAGAUCCAAAGCCGUGCUUGUGUCACAGGCUCCUGAUCCUGUACAGAUGAGGCCAAGCUGUCCUGCAGUCACUCCAUCUCAUCGCCCAUUGCAGCAGUCUCUCUCCACCAGUACUGAGCCAGUUCUGGACGAGCCUUCCCCCCACAGCACAGCCCCUGUGCUGUGGGAGCACAGGGAAGACAGUGCCAUGAGGGGGUCUCUGUUGGGAGCUUCCCAGGGGCAGCCCUGCUCAGCACAGGGCCUUCAGGAUCUUGAAGGAGUACAAAGAGCCAUGGAUUGAGAAGCACUGGGUCUCUACUGAUGAUGGGAACAAAAGAGAUAUCUCCUCUUCCCUUGCUGAAAUGUCUGCCUUUGCUACUCCAGCAGUCUCAGCUUGUGCUGCUCCUCCACCCUCUUACUGCCCUCCCAGCUUCCAUGGCCCCUUUUCCUGUGCUUUUGUUGUUCUUCCCUUUUAGCCCUCCAUAUCUUGCUUCCUUCUUUCUCUAUCUCACCUUCUCUGCUCUUGACCCUUUCUGUCUCUCCUUCAUCUCUCCGAGCACUUGAACCUUCCUCUUCUACAGACUGCUUUCUCCCCCUUCAUCUCCCAAUCUCUCACAACUCCUCAUCGAUGUGUCCUUUCGAAAAGCUCUCAUUUUACCUUCCCCUGGAGGGAAGGUAAAGACCCAGGAGCAGAAAGAGGCACAACUUUACCGAAGCUA